UUCAGUUUGUGAAUAAUAAAAAUAGAGCGACUUAAAUUUUGUUUUGUACAUAUUAUAAGAAUAAUUGUAUAAAUGACAUUACAUAUCAAUUCAAAUCAUACACACUGUACAGAGUAAUUUCACUGCUUCUGCUUGUCCAAAAGUUAAGAUUUCUACACAAGCACAGCCUAGUGAGUAGUGCGAGACGCCCAAUUUGCUUUUCCUCCAAAAUAUGCAAUAAGAUCGAGGUGAAUAAAAGAAUAAAAUUCUUUUUUUUAGGUUCUGCUGUUUAUAAUUUUAAUCAAAGAGAAACGCUUUGAAAAUGUAUAUGAACUGACAAAACGUAUCGUAUCAAAUGUCAAUUUAAACAUUGACAUUUUCAACUGUCAGAUUUUGAAUUUGUGUCUUGGUUGUAUAUUUCUUCUCCAAUUUCUUGAUAUUAAUUUUGAUAUUAAAAUCUUAUCGUAGUAUAAAAUGAGUCUUUGGGUAGAUAAACAUCGGCCGAGAGAUUUGUUGAAGUUAGACUUCCACAAAGAUCAGGCAAUACGCUUAAAAAAUUUGGUUCAACAAAGUGACUUUCCUCAUCUUCUUGUUUACGGUCCUUCAGGUGCCGGUAAAAAGACUCGUAUAAUGUGUUUGCUGAGAGAGCUGUAUGGUUCUGGCGUAGAGCGAUUACGACAAGAAACAAUGAAUUUCACAACUCCGUCGAACAAAAAAAUAGAAAUAAUGACUGUAAGUAGCAAUUACCACAUAGAGGUUAAUCCAACGGACGUAGGUAUUCAUGAUCGUGUUGUUAUAAUGGAUUUAGUAAAAAAUGUUGCCCAAACACAUCAAAUUGAUUCAUCUGGACAACGAGAAUUCAAAGUAGUUAUACUAAAUGAGGUGGAUGAUUUAACUAAAGAUGCACAACACGCAUUACGUCGAACUAUGGAGAAAUAUGUAGCUACUUGUCGGUUAAUACUUAUUGCUAAUUCUAUAUCAAGAGUCAUUCCAGCAAUAAGGUCUCGUUGUUUGACAAUACGAGUACCUGCUCCUACAGAAAUGGAAAUUUGUUCAGUAUUAAACUCAGUUUGCAAAAAAGAAAGUAUAAAUAUUCCUUCUGAGUUAGCAAUGCGUAUUGCUAAAUGUGCUGAUCGUAAUUUGCGUCGUGCUAUACUUAUGUGUGAGGCAUGCAAAGUACAACAGUACCCCUUAACAGCUGAUCAGAAAGUCCCAGAGCCUGACUGGCAAGUGUUCAUUCGAGAGACAGCUUCCAUGAUAUUAUCUGAACAAUCUCCUAAAAAGCUUGGUGAAGUUAGACAGAAACUUUAUGAGCUGAUAAUACAUGGAGUUCCACCCGACACAAUAUUUGCAGGUUUGCUUAAAGAAUUGGUACAGAAUUGUGAUAUGGCAAUGAAAUGCCAAGUCGCAAGUCAUGCAGCAAGAUUUGAACACAGAAUGAGAUUAGGAAAUAAGCCCAUAUUUCAUUUAGAAGCAUUUGUUGCAAAAUUUAUGGCCAUUUAUAAAAAAUUCAUGGAAGAAUCAUUGGGUGAUGCAUUUUGAGAAAAGAAAAUGACUGUAUGAAGUUACUGUUUCAACUGUUGUUAUUAUGAACUGUUCAGAUAAGUUUAAAUUAAUACUUGAAUGUACCUAUUGCUAUAAAACCUUUUAAUACAUUUGAAAUGUUUAAUAAAAGUGUUUUUACUUUGGUAUUUAGUUGUUACCUUACUUUUUAAUAUAUUUUAAAAAAAUUUCAUUUGAGGAUGGGAGAAAUAUCCCAUGCCAAUGACAUUUGAAUACAGGUAAAUAGUAUUUUAAUCUAUUGGUGUAUCUUUCAGUGGCCAUGGAAAUGUGACUGAUUAACAUAUAAACUAUCAUAAUUAUAAUGUUAUUAGAACUGAUAAUUUGAAUGUCAAAUUAUGUGUAAGAAUAUCCAUGGGACAAAAUUUGUCUUGAUCAAAUUCAGUGACAAUUAAAUAUGUAUAUGUACUUAAAAUGAAGUAGAAAAGGAUGUGAUGUAACCAUUUUUUUGCAUUGAUAUGUUGUCUGGCAUUAGUAAGUGGCCAAUAGUCACUUGCAUAAUAGUAAAAUAAAUAUAUACAAAUGUUGCUAUUAUAUACUCACUAUAACACAUAUUUCUUUAAGCACAAAUCACACUGGCUAGGAUUACAUCUAUAGACUACUUUUUCACAAAGUACCCGCUUUAGUCCAUAACAGCUACCAUUUAUUUG